AUGGCACCUUGCGGCCUGCUAGCGGUGCUCGUCCUCUCUUGGGGGUACGUGCUCGGCAUGGCAUUGCUGAGGGGCGGCCACGGCGCAGCACCGCUCUUUUUCGCGGUGCCCUGCGGCGGCUGGCUCUAUUGGAUGCUCAUCGCGCUGAGCAUCCUCGGCAUGGUCUCCGUCACGUGUAUGGUCGGCUGCCAUUUGUCGAGCCUGCAGCGGCGCAAGGCAGAGGCGGGCCUCAAAGCCCUGGAGGGCGAUAUCGCUUGGGAGCGGGGGGCGCUCAUGCGGCUGCCCGCCUUCUGCAUGAUUGCUGGCGUCGCAGCCGGUCUGCUGGGCAUCGGCGGCGGGAUGAUGACGGGUCCGCUCAUGCUCGAGCUCGGCAUCAACCCGGUCGUCUCCUCGGCAACCUCCGCCUUCAUGGUCCUCUUCACCUCCUCGGCGACGACGGCGCAAUUCCUCCUCGCGGGCAUGCUACGUCUCGACCUCGGCCUCUGGUACGGCGCGGUUGGCGCCCUCGGGACGCUGGUAGGACAGGGUAUCGCCAGCUACUUCAUACGCAAUUAUGCGCGCGAGUCUAUCAUCGUCUUGGCGCUUGGUGGCGUCAUCGGCGUCAGCAGCGUGGCGAUGGGGCUGGCGGGCUUGAAUCAUGUUGUCGCCGACUACCACGCGGCCAAGUGGGACGCCUUUGAGCUAGGAUCGCUGUGCGACGCAGGGCGCGAUGCCGAGUGA